AAAACAAGGUGGAUUCAUUGGCUAAUGCUAAAAAUGAUCAGGUUGUUUCUGAGACCAAAUAUUUCCGAUAACACCUGAAGGCAGCGCCAGCGAAACGACAGGAGACGAGAGGCAGAGAGAGGAGCAGAGUGGGGAGAGAGAUAGAGGAAGCUGCACUGAAGUCCGGCGCGAGGAGGCAGGAAUCCACCACCACCAAUGAUUACUGAAGACUGAAGGAAAGUUGCUUUCAAAGUCGCCUCUGGAAAACACGGACUCUGAAUAUGAACCGGAUCUAGACUCAACAUGUUCCCCUGCUGUGAGUUGUGUUUGAGCUGGUCCCCUGGCAGUCAUAUAAGCGCAAUGCCAGCGACACAUUUAUGCCACGAGGAUGAAGACACAAAGAAAAUGAGAGGCACAUAUGUUUGGCAUAGCUGCUGUGGUGCAAAGGCCUCUUAAAAGUCCACUCACACCAUGACCUCUUGAGUCUUCUCAUCCUUCAGUGUCAGUAAGGCUGAAGUUACCCAAAAAAAAGCACAUGCGUGUUGCUUUGUCAGGUUGGCACUAAAUCACCUGCUCUACUAGUUUCUUGACUACUGGAUGAUUAAAGGCAGAUUGGAUUUAAUCAAGCGAGUGAGGCAUAGAGGACGUCUCUAGAUGUACAUGUGGAGAUAGCAGUCAGCUGUCGAUGAGGUUGUGAACAUCCAGGUACACAGGUGUGGAGUUCAUUUAUACCAUGAAUCCAAGAGAUGCCUUGGAGGUAAUGGAGACCCAGGAAGAACAGCAAAGGGAAAAGGUGAUUGGACAAAAGGCCAAUCCUGGAAAUGAGACAGAGUUUGAAGAUGAUAGAGUUCCCGGGUCUUACAACUGCAACAUCUGUGGACGCAGCUUCCCUUUCCUGAGCUCUUUGUCACAGCAUAUGAGACGCCACACAGGCGCACGCCCGUACAAAUGCCCGUACUGUGACCACAGAGCUUCUCAGAAGGGAAACCUCAAAGUUCACAUUCGCAGCCACAAACUGGGCACGCUGUCUAUCCACCACUCCAACAAAGAUGAAGAAGGUGGAGCUGAGGAGGAGGAGAUGAGGGUUUCCGAGGGGUUGGAUGGAGGGACAAGUCCAACGAAGAGCAGCUCAGCCUGUAAUAAGAUGGUAAACGGCGAUGUCGGAGAGGAAAGUCGGAGGAAAGUUCCUGCACGGAGCCUGAAAAGAGACAAAUCUGUAACCAACCAGCGUCCUUACUGUUGCCGACUGUGUGGCUAUGAGGCCCAACGAGAAGACCAGCUUCUCAGCCACAUCGAGAAAGUCCACAUAACAGCAGACACAGAAGAAGACAGUGUCUCUGUCAAAGAAGAGGCUAUGCCUGAAUCGGAAGCUGUCCAACCCCAGAGUGACGGUACCUUCCCCUGUGAGACCUGCGGCCAGGUUUUCUCCCAGGCGUGGUUUUUGAAGUCUCACAUGAAGAAACACGCAGGCAUAUUGGACCACUGCUGUCGAAUUUGUGGUAGAAGGUUCAGGGAAGCUUGGUUUCUUAAAUCUCAUAUGAAAACACACAACACCAAAUCCAGGUCCCGUUCAAAAGCCGAUGUGGUUGAACGUCCAGCAACCAUCAACGAUGUAGAACAGGAUCCAGAUCUAGUUACUGCCUACGCUACAUCUGUUUAUCAGACAUGUUCUAAAUGUGGAAACCUUUUUCAUAACAGAGAGAGCCUGAGAGCUCACGAUAAAGUCCACUGUCUAAGCUCUGGUAGAAAAUCCCCGAUUCAUGGUGGGCCUCAGGAUGAGAAGGAUUCACCUGCUACCAAGAGACGUUUUCUUGACUACUUAAACCUCCAGUCUGUUCAGGACAAAACUUUGGAUAAUGACGAGGAUGCAGAGAAAAAGUUCCUUGGUCAAAGAAUUCCAGAACUAGAUCCAGUCUGUAGCUACCAGGCCUGGCAAUUAGCCACCAAAGGAAGGGUUGUAGAACCGGUGGAACCUAACUUUAAGACCUCCCAUGGAGGAGGAAACACAGAUGAGGAUGGCAUUGUUGGAGCUGCUGUGGUUUUUGAGAAGGAACGCAGUAGUUAUAUUCUGAAAAGCCAAGAGAAACGCAGCUCGGGCCGGCGCACCAGCUCUGUGAUCGGGAGUCACAACUCUUCGGAGGAUUGGACAGCAGAGAGUCUCAGCGACUCUGAGUACCGACCCUCAAGCCGCCAAGACAAACGGAGAGCUUCCCAGUCGCAAGCUUCCUCCAAGUGCAACGAAUGCUUUGAGUGCGGAAAGUUGUUCCGCAGUCGACACCAAAUGAUCGUCCACCAGCGUGUCCACAAAAAGGAUGGAAGGAGGACUUCAGUGGGUGAUAAGGAACGAUCUGCCAAGGAUGACCGAUGGGCCUCUAACAGUGAUCCUGAUUCAGGCUCUCCAAGCCGAUCCAGCUCUCCAGGUUAUGGAGACUUUCCACCUGCCUCCACCCUUGGAAACCAGGCCUCUGAGAUGGGUACCUCAAGCUCUGGAGAGACUGCAGAUAAGAAACCUUAUAUCUGCGGCUUGUGUGACUUUGCCAGCGUGGACUCACAAGCGUAUCUGAAUCAUGUUCACGUCCAACACCCAGCUGCUUCCAAAGACGCACCCAGCCCUCUUCCCAGCCCUGGCUGCAGCCGGGCAACCCCCAGCAGUUAUCCAAAACUCAAAAAAGCUUUUCUUCAGGGUUUCAACAACACCUCAUCACCUCACGCGUGUCCCCCAGCCCGCCCCUCCCACCUGGAUCCAGCCAUGACCCCCGUGGAUCUAUGUGUGAGGCCAGAGGGCAUCAGGGGGAUCACCGCUUCAGCUCCGGAUAGGUCAAGCCUCUCCUCUCACAAGUGCUCCCUGUGCUCUCACUGCACCCGCUACCCGGAGGUCCUGUGGAUGCACCAGACGGUGGCUCAUCGCAUCAGCAGCACCAGCUCCAGUCUAGCUCCAAAAUGGGCAGUGAGAAACAACUCCAAAGGCUCCAGAGACAGUCCGCUGUCCGCGAAAAGACGGACUGGACCGCCACCCAUGCUGGAGGGGCGGGAGUGCCAGCCUCUGCCUCCUCUGACGCGCACCCAACGGACGCAGCCUCCAACCGGCUCUACGGAGGUCCCCAAAAAGAGUAAGACGUCAGCUCAUUCAGCUGGCACAUCGCUGUCCUCCACUGGUCCUUCAUCCUCCUCAUCCUUCAGAGGCUCCCCAUCCACGUCCACCAAACACGCCGGGAGGGCGUCUGUACGCUCAGCCAGCAACUCCAGCAGCAUCAAACACACCGCAGACCGGAACCAUCGCGUCAGACCCAGGGUGGAUUUGCAUCCUCGGGGCGGCUCACAGACAUCCGCUGGAUCUCUGGAGAAGACCUCUGGCGGCCUCUCUCAAGGCUCUGCCGCAAACGCCAGCUCUGCCGCGGCGUCCAGGACAGCCGAGCGCCUCUUGACGCCACAGGAGGGCCUUGGCUUCAUGCUGUCCAGCAAACAUGGACUAGCAGACUACAACCGGGCGCGCCUCUCCCCUCACCAGCCGCUCCACAACUCCCACAACCAAAGCCGAGUGAGCGCCUUGAGGCCCGGCGCCAUCGCCUACAGCGCCAGCCCCCAGCCCAGCUACAGCUCCCCCCCGGCACGCAGAGGUGCUCACCAGAGUUCUUCCUCAUCCUCAUCCUCAUCCUCGUCUUCAGCACCCUCAGACACACAUGGAGACGUGAAGCCGGAGCCAACAGCAGAGAAACAGGACAUGCCAGCGGAUGUUCUGGGUUUUCUCAAAAACUACAACCCCCAUGAGCUGGCCGCUCUUUACCACCGCUGGGGGGCAGCCAGCGCCUUGUUGGAUCCCACAGGUAUGAUGAGGUCUCUCAUGCGGCAGGGGCAAUAUUUCUGCCACGAGUGUGGGAAGAGUUUCAGUCAGCCCAGCCACUUGCGCACUCACAUGAGAUCUCACACAGGGGAAAGGCCAUUCUGCUGCCAGCUCUGCCCAUACCGAGCCUCUCAGAAAGGGAACCUAAAGACGCACGUUCAGAGUGUCCACCAUAUGCCUUUUGACAACAGCCAGUACCCUGACUCAAAGAACGGGCUGCUAAGCCAGGAGGAGCGAGGGGCUCUGGUUUCCAAACAGCCAGCAACACCACAAUCACCCCAGCAGCAAGACCUCCAGACUGAUAAACCCCAACAUUGAAAAGCGCCCAAGCCAGGGAGUCCCACAGCCCUCCAAACCUGGAUACCAGACCUGAAAAGCUUUGAAGUUAGGGCACAAGAUGAACUCUUGUUGCCCAGGGGGACUCUCUAGAAUUGAUUUCCUGUAGUUUUCUUGUUUUGUUUCCUGUUCUGUUUUUUUUUUUUUUUGGUGAAGCUAAAACAUGAUCACCAUACUGAAAGUGCACUUUGGAAAAAGUGAAGAAACAAGCAGUGAAAUGUUAAGUGUCUUUUUUUUUUUCAGCAGGACAACCGAUAUUCAGCUGUUUGCUUCUUCUGGUCUUUUUAUAUAUGAAAUUGAUGGAUUUGCCUUCAGCUGCAGUUAUUGAGAUUCAAAGAUGUGAAGUUGUCAAGUGAUACCCUACAGGAAAUGUCAAGUUUAAACUGAACUCUUUAUGCAGCUGCUUGUUUUCAUUUGAGGACUGGCAACGCGCGUCUGCUCUUGGUGCCUCCUCCAUAUUUUUAAAGGUUUUUCUUUAGAGUUGAGUGAGUUGGAGCAGCUUUCAGGACAACUAAGACACUGCAGGAGAGAGAAGGCGAUGCAGUAAGCGGUCAGACACAUCACAGCUGAUGUUUAGAAAGGAGACCUAAAAGGUGGUGCCAUUUAUAAAGUACAGUUGUCCUUGUACAGAGAAAUGUCCUCAAAUUAAAACAAACUUACAAUGAAGCAGGAAAAAGUUUUCAAACAAAAAAGACAACUCUCAAAGAACAAUGACAUUAAAUCCUUUGCAUCACAGUUUUUUUUUUUUUUGUGCUGGGAUCCAACAAAAAAAUGUUUUAGUGUUGCUUUGUGGCCAGAGUGAAAAGCUUGAAGGAAGAAAGUAAGCUUGUAUUUGGAUUGCGCAUACAGAGCUGCAGCUUGUUGCUCUGUGUGUCUUUCUUUUAUGGUUUUUAUUACCUGUCAGUCAGAGCCCGUCAUCAUGAGUAUGUUUAGUUAAACUCAGCAGUUGUUUUUGACGAGCGGUAGACCACAUUCUCACACUGUGCCUCCCAACUAAUUGAAGAUGCGUAAAAAUAACAGAAAAAAGUACUUUUUUGGAUGACAUUUUGCAUUCCUUUUUGUCUUUGUGUAGAUAACUUGCACAUUUAAACCCAAAAUGUGCAACAGUGGAGGAAAAGCCGAGUCAAAACUCUUGAUUUCCUUUUCCUGUCUUGUUCAGGAAAGCUAGCUAGCUAGCUAACGUUUCCUAUUUAAGUUAGCUGACCCUAAAGAGAGAUGUUGCCCUGCUCUGCCUAUCCGUCUUUUCACAAGAAAGUACAUUUCUCAGAUUGCAUUACUUGACUGUUAGUUUUAAAGAUAAAAAAAGAGCCAAACAAAUACACCCAACAUAUGUUAGCAUAGCCUGCAAUGACAGUUAGCAGUAACAAUGCUUGUUGUGUUGCGUAACCUCUUGCACUGAACAGCAAACCAGAUUGCUACGAUGUCAGUUUGAGGUAGUGAAUGUGAAAUUUAGCAUUCCUGGGGGUCAGUGGAAGACAGAGGCUGGAUCGGGCUCCUGUGGAUUUUAGGGCUAAAUAAUUGAAACCUUUAGAAUCUUUUGAAUUGUACAAAUGUUGCAGCCUUAGCCAAGCCGUUUGUGAGUGUGCGACGUGUGUUGGUGCGUUCUUUUCCAAACCUCUCCACACUGACUGCAUCGGUGUUUUCCAGCCUCCGUUCUAGAUGCUUUGCACACUAUCCUACCUCUUUAUAGCGAUAGAAGCCAGUUGAACCUUAGCUCCAUGUUCAUGAAAUUCAAAGCAGGACUGUUUCCUCGUAGUUUUUCUUUUCGCUCUGAAGUGAUCCGUGAUCAGCCAUGCUUUCCUAGUUUGUCAGAAGCAGGAAGUGGAAAAGGCUCAGAAGGUUCCAGACUAAUCCUUGACUGGAGGUUCUCCUAAUGGAGAAACUUAGUACUGCUUGCUGAUCAGCUACUUUUUAUGUAACAUAGGUUGUUGAGUCAUGCAUACAACACAGUGUGCUUAAUUAUGCCUGAUUAUACACUUAGCUGUGUAUCUGGAGGGUGUAUGUAGUAAAUAUACUUGAACUUGUUUUUUUAGCCUUUAAAGUAGUGUAGUACUAAUACCCAUGUUGUAAAGAAUUCCCUUUACGUUGAACUCGUCAGAAUUUGUACUCCAAAGUGUGACUUACUGAACUAUGAAGUGGGGGCGGGUGUAUAUAAACUGUAUAUCUGUGAUCUACUCUUACCAAACCCUUUAUACACAGUGGUAGAAACCAAAAGGCAUUACUGGUGCACUUGGACAAUAGCUUAGUGCUUUAACCAUUUUCAUUUGGUCACUUCUAGCUAAGCUUUCUUUAAGAAUGUCUCCUUUCAAUGUGCCGGCUGAUACAUUUUAAUGUCUUUUCUGGUCUAUAUGCUUUUGUUUUGGGUUUGUUUGUGGGAAUAUUAGAAAGAUUAUGUAGAUUUCAUUGAGAAGUGAUUUGUUCAGUGUAGGCUGUGUGGCACAGCUGCUUAGCUACAUUUUCCUUAUGGCAAGUCAGAUAAUGUUAGCGGUGCUUUUCUUUUUUUUUUAGAAAAAAACUAAAGUGAGUUUUUAGCCUUUAUCUUUACUUAAAUUUAUGAUUUUCUUCUUUUUACUGCACACAGAGUGACGGGCAAACGGUUCUCUGGCAGUGAUUCUUUUUCUGUGACAUGCCUCUUAAACAGUAUGAUUUGGGUCUGUAUGCCUUUUGUUUUUGUUGUGAUUCAUAAUUCACUUACCUUAGGAGACAUUAUUCCAAAUGUGCUUGAUUGAUAUCCAUAUUUAUUUAAAUUUCAGGAAGAAUAAGAGGACAGAAGCAGAGAGGAGGCUUUGUUUUUAUAUUACUGGGUGGUUUUUGUUUUAAUAUCUUAUAGAUGUCGAUCCAGCAGGCCCAUGUGAAAGCUCUACCUCGUCUGAGCCAGUUCUGUUAAACUUUUGUACAUCAUUUCAGAAAGAUGUUAUGUCCACAAUAAAGACACCCACAACGAC